GUGCUUUGGCUGCCUGCAUAAAUAAAUCUCUUCUCUCUCUUUUAUAAGUCAUAAAAACCUUACAACCUUUCUUUCCUCUGCAGCCCAAAAACAAAACUAAAAACACAAAGAAGAAGAAGAAGAAGGUGAAUUAGAGAGAGAUUCAUAAGGAAGAAACCUCUUUUCCAGAAUCAGAGAAAGUUGUAUCAUCUUCUUUUAGGGUUUUAAGAUGACUGCUGAAGUUAAGGUUGAGGAGAAACAGGUGGAGUCUGAGGUUGUGGUUGCUCCUGCUGUUGUUCCUGAGGAGACUACUGUGAAAUCUGUUGUUGUUGAACAAGAAGACGAUGUCAAAGCUGUGGACGAAGAUGAGAGCAGCAAGCCUAAGGGUGUUGAGAAGAGUGCCUCGUUCAAAGAAGAGAGUGAUUUCUUUGCUGAUUUGAAAGAUUCUGAGAAGAAGGCUCUGGGUGAUCUCAAGUUGAAGCUUGAGGAAGCUAUUGUUGAUAACUUUCUCUUCAAGACCAAGAAGAAGGAGACCUCCUCUCCUGUCAAGGAGAAGAAGGAAGAGGCUGUGAAACCAGAAGCUGCUGCUGAGGUAGAGAAGAAGAAGGAAGAAGAAGCAGAGGACAACAAGGUUGAAGAAGAGAAGAAAUCUGAGGCUGUUGUUGUUACCGAAGAAGCUGCUAAACCUGAGGCUGUUGUUGUUGCAGAGGAGAUAACCGCCCCCAAGGAAGAAGUGAAGACUGCUGCUGAGACUGUUGUUGAGAAGGUAGAAGAAGACACUAAGGAAGAAGUGAAAGCUGAAGAAGAGAAGAAAACCGAGGAUGUUGUAGUUACAGAAGAAGUGAAAGCUGAGACUGUCGAGGAGGAGGAAGCAGAUGAGUCUGUGGAUAAGGACAUUGAGCUGUGGGGAGUGCCAUUGCUUCCAAGCAAAGGAGCUGAAGCCACUGACGUGAUCCUCUUGAAGUUCUUGAGAGCAAGAGACUUCAAAGUCAACGAAGCCUUUGAGAUGCUGAAGAAAACCCUUAAAUGGAGGAAGCAACACAAGAUUGAUUCCAUCCUUGGAGAAGACUUUGGGGAGGAACUUGCCUCUGCGUCUUACAUGAACGGUGUUGACCGAGAGUCCCACCCUGUCUGUUACAAUGUCCACAGCGAGGAGCUUUACCAGACGUUUGGGGCAGAGAAAAACAGAGAGAAGUUCUUGAGGUGGAGGUUUCAGCUCAUGGAGAAGGGUAUCCAGCAGCUUAAUCUGAAACCAGGAGGUGUUACUUCUCUUCUCCAGAUCCAUGAUCUCAAAAACGCUCCUGGAGUGUCAAGAAAAGAUCUUUGGGUUGGAAUUAAGAACGUCAUCGUAACACUGCAGGACAACUAUCCAGAAUUCGUGUCUAGAAACAUAUUCAUAAAUGUUCCGUUCUGGUUCUACGCCAUCAAUGCUGUCCUCUCGCCAUUCUUAACUCAAAGAACCAAGAGCAAGUUUGAUGUGGCUCGUCCAGCUAAGGUCACAGAGACUCUUCUCAAGUACAUUCCAGCUGAGGAGCUUCCAGUUCAGUACGGUGGGUUCAAAAGAGAUGACGAUACCGCAUUCUCCAACGAAGCUGUCACUGAAGUUGUUGUUAAGCCUGGAUCAUCUGAAACCAUUGAAAUCCCAGCUCCUGAGACUGAAGGUACAUUGGUAUGGGACAUAGCGGUUUUGGGAUGGGAAGUGAACUACAAGGAAGAGUUUGUGCCGACCGCUGAAGGAGCUUACACCGUAAUUGUCCAAAAGGUGAAGAAGAUUGGAGCAAAUGAAGAAGCGAUCAGGAACAGUUUCAAGAACAGUCAGGCUGGUAAGAUUGUUCUCACGGUUGACAAUGUCUCCAACAAGAAGAAGAGAGUUCUGUACAGGUACAGAACCAAGACUGAAACCUCUUCCUGAAGUAGAGGCUUCUCUGCACAAACCUAUAAGCAGUCUCUGGAUAUAUAUAUUCUUUUUCUAAAUUCAACGUUUGGUGUUAUUAUUAUUUAUUUUUGAGUGAUAUGUGCGAGAAAGAGAGAGAGAUACUGCAUUGUUUCAUUGAAAAUUCAAUCUUUUGUUAUGAGAUUUAUAUUCUCUUCCGUUUCAA